GCCAUUUUCUUCUUAAUCCAACGGCAGCCAUAGAACAUGAUACACUGAGUAGAAAGUAGAGACCGAAAACUAGAGUCAAAAUCGAGCGUGGGUUUGGGAUCUAAAAUCUCACGAAUCAAAGCCGAGAACAAUCUCAAUUCUCCUUCCUCCACACCACAGCUCGUCGCCGUCUCUCAUGGCUCCAAAACCGAUCACGAGUCCAGUCCCGGAAGUAUGGUACCCAACUCUGUCGGUCGUCAUGCUCGCCAUCGGCCUCGUCCUUACCGCCUCUUUUUUCAUCUAUGAAGCAACCUCUUCCAGGCGAAAUCGUAGUCUUGCUAAGGAGCUGACAACAGGGGCAGUAGCAUCUGUAUUCUUGGGUUUCGGGUCCUUGUUCUUGCUACUCUCUUCUGGUGUUUAUGUCUAAUUUUUAAGCGGCAAAAAUCGUGAAUUUUUUUUAGUCAUUUCAGGAUUACUUGAAGAAUGAUACAAAUGACUUAUAGUACAACUUAUGUUCUGUUUUUUGAAAUGAGAACCUUUUAUCUUCAUUCACAGGAAAUGGGUUUUGAGUCACGUGACAGUGGAUAGUCUAUGAAUUGCUAAGAAAUGUUUGGUCGA